GCUUGCCUGGCUUGCCAGAAACGCAAGUCAAAAUGCGAUGGUCAGCGUCCCUCAUGCUGCCAAUGCCAAAAGCGCGGCAUUCAAUGCGUGUAUCAGCAAAGGAGAUUUCGAGGUCCCGGCAAAAGGUGCAAAGCCAUUUCACCACUUAUCGAGCAAGACUAA